CUCACGUCUACGAUUUCUCCAGCGUCACGUUACCGUUAGCCUUACCUCUCUCACAUCGGAGGGCACUUUUCAAAAUUCCUUCGAAACUUGGGAGGGCUCGGACUAUAUUUUUUGCCGAUGACUGCAAAGCAGCAGUGCUUCGCUUUUCCUUCGGCAACCAUGAGACUCUGCUCCACAUUAAGUUUAAUCAGGUUACUGUGCGCUCUCCAGGGAACAAGUGCAUUUAUUUCAGUUAAUGUCAGCGACACGCUCCUUUCAUCAAACUUCAGUGGGAAGGAAUUAUCCUGGAGAAAAUAUCCGGGACCCGAGAAUGUCCCUAAAACCAGACGGAGGCGAUACAUCUCCCAGAAUGACAUCUCGGCUAUUCUCGAUUACCACAAUAAAGUUCGAGGUCGCGUCGUCCCACCUGCUGCAAACAUGGAGUAUAUGAUAUGGGAUGAAAAUCUUGCAAAAUCUGCUGAGUCUUGGGCUGCCACUUGUAUAUGGGAUCAUGGACCAAAAUAUUUACUGAGAUUCCUCGGACAAAAUCUUUCAGUUCGCUCUGGACGCUAUCGAAAUAUUCUACAGUUGGUAAAACCUUGGUACGAUGAAGUAAAGGAUUACAGAUUUCCAUAUCCUCAAGACUGUAACCCCAGGUGUCCCCUGAAAUGUUAUGGACCAGUAUGCACUCACUACACCCAGAUGGUUUGGGCAACAUCCAACCGAAUAGGGUGUGCAAUCCAUACCUGCAGCAACAUGUAUGUCUGGGGGUCCACUUGGCAACGGGCUUUUUACCUUGUAUGCAACUAUGCUCCAAAGGGAAACUGGAUUGGAGAAGCACCAUAUAAAAUUGGAACGCCGUGCUCAGCCUGCCCACCCAGUUAUGGAGGAACCUGCAACAACAAUCAGUGCUUUCCACGAGUAACUUCAAACUACUUGUACUGGUUCAAGUGAUUUGUUUACAGAAUACGUAGCCAAUGCCACAGUAGGAACAUUAGUUCCUCAAACUGAGUUACUAGUCAGCUGAAAAGACUUUGCAAAACAUAUUAUAUACCCAUUAUUAUCACUGAAAAAUUUACCAUUUUACAGAGAUAUUUAAUAUUAUCAUUUUACUGCUUUUAACUUUCACUGAGUUAGCUCAUAGAAAUGCAAAACUUUAUUAUAUCAACACAGGGCACUGUAUUUAUGAGGAGAAACAGCAUAAAACUUCAGAAUAUUGCUAUGUUUUUAUUUGCAGGUGAGAAUAGAAAGCAGUAUCCAGCUGGUUUUGUGCAUAGAUAUGAUGCAACGUUACCGACUUGGAAAAGCAGUUUGUUAUUUAUCCAUAAUGGGUGUAUUUAGGUUUACACCUAGAAUACUGUUAAAACUGGAGGGACAGUCAGAUAAGCUAAGGGAUUUGCUUGUAGAAAGCAUUAAUUAAAGCAAUUGCAAAUAAUUUAAUAAGCUCUGCUCUGGAUAACGAGGGCAGUUUAGUUCUUAAAGCUUUUGUGGUGCUAAUCAUUUAUUUAAAAUCCCUGCCAAUCAUGUCAGGCAUAACUUCAAGAUACUUAGCUAAGAUAUUAAAAUAUAGAGAAACAAAUAGGACAGUCAUAAGGGUGCUAUUGAUCAUAAUGAUCACAUUUUGAUCACAUAUAUUUUUCCAUAACAGUUGGAAUUUAUAAACCGUAGCCCCAGGCAGCUCAGACACAAACACAUCCGUUGUAUCAGGUAGCACAUGAGCAGGCUCUUGUGCCAAAAACAAGUAACAUAUCUGCAAUAUUUACAGGAGAUUGCACUCACUUCAUUCAAUACAGUCAAUGACUACAUGUUUACUCUUCUUCCUCUGAGGACCCCAAUCUAUAUCUUCAUGAGGUCCUCAACAUUUCGUUUCUUAAAUAAUUUUUGGCCCUUUGAUUUGAUGGCAUUUUCCCUCUAAACUAAACAAUAGAUUAUUUUCCUGGUGUCUUUAACAUGGCAAUAUAUCCAAAGGCACGACAGAAGUCAGCGUCACAUAAUUACAACACUUAUGCCAAUGCCACAGAUAACUGCUUAGCUCCAAGAGGAGAUGGUCAUCAGUACUUCAAUAUCGAAUUUGGUGGAAUGGUUACAGCAAAGGUCACAGGACAUUUUCCAGACAUACUGGAAGGAUAUAAAAACCUGAAAUGCAGGGAACACUCAGAAGUCAUGAAGCAUCUAUAGAGAAAUAUGCAUAGUCAGUGUUUGAAAUUCAUUUGUAGUACUUUCUCUUUUUAUUUCAAAUCUCCAGCUUUUACUGUAUUUUGAGUUUGUAAUAUUAGAAUAACAGAUCAAUAUUCUAAUUUUCUGCUUAUUGCUCUUUGCUGCUUGGAUUUACUUUUAAGAAUCCACAUUUAUUAUUAAUAUAAACUAGAGGAGAAAAGAAGCAGUUUUCGGAAAGUGUAACAGUCUUAAAUUGUUCAGUUAUCAGGGCAUUAGUAAUUAUGCACAAUAAAUAACAAAUGGUGACCUUUUUACUAGGUAAACUCUGAUUAGUCAAUCAUUUAGGUAUUUUUAUAAGUUAAACGUGGUUACAAUCUGUGCCUUAAACAAAGAGGCCUGAACUUCAUCUUUGGUUGCUCUGUAUCUUUUUCACUUAACUUGCUCAAUAUCGGCAAUAGUAGCUCCAAAAUUGUGGAGUUUUUGGUGCAAACUACAUUCAG